UCGAGCGGACGACACAGACGCAGGACGGAACAAAGACAGAGAACAUUCAGACUUCAACGACCUGAGUGGACGGGACUUUCUGAUGGACAGUUUAUUGAAUAUGGCUCGCAUCAGGCGCUACUCAGAUGUGAUGACAAUGCCGGACUCGUUCAUUCAGCGCCAGCAGCUCGACGCCAGCAUGGCCGACACUUUCUUGGAGCAUCUCUGUCUGCUGGACAUCGACCAGGAGCCCAUCACAGCUCGCAACACCAGCAUCAUCUGCACCAUCGGACCUGCGUCUCGAUCCAUCCCCAAACUCCAGGAGAUGGUUAAAGCUGGGAUGAACAUCGCUCGCCUUAAUUUCUCUCACGGCUCCCAUGAAUACCACAGCGAGACCAUCAAAAACAUCAGAGAGGCCGUGGAGACCAUCACCUCUGACCCCCUGUGUUAUCGACCUGUGGCCAUUGCCUUGGACACCAAGGGUCCAGAGAUCCGCACCGGCUUAGUGAAAGGGAAGGUGGAUGAAGAGGUGGAGCUGGUGAAAGGACGCCACGUGCGAGUGGUGACAGCAGAGAGUGACAAAGACAAGACAGACGGGGAGAUAAUCUGGGUGAACUAUCCCAGCUUGCACAAAGUCCUGCAGAAGGGAAGAAGAAUCUACAUCGACGACGGCCUCCUCGCUCUCAGAGUGAUAGAAAUAGGAGAGCUGAACAAGAACCCCUCUCAGUCUGGCAGCGUUCCUGCUCCAACCGACAGCUGGCUUUCUGUCGCUGGUACCACUGACACAGUGGAGCCUUAUUUGAAGCCAUUUUCACCUUCAAUGGGCUUCUUCCAACCGUUGAGCACCAGACGCUUUUGGAGAGAGCUGGACCUUCAGAGAGCCAGCACAAAACCACACAAUGGUCCAGAUAGAGUCCAGAUAAUCCGGAGGAAUCCGGAUGAAAAAGUCCGGGUGAGCUCUAGAGAAGACACAGAACCUCCAAGCAACUCUUCCCCGCUCGAGAGGCUUCCUGGGCCGGCAAGCAGCUCUCAGAUUGACCCAUGA